GGAGUGGGCGUCCGGCGCCGCCAGCCCGCCUCUGGACGACACCAGAAUGUUCUACAACGAGGUGUUGGACAGCCUGGUUCGCGGCUACAGUGAGAAGAUCCGGACGGAAAACCUCAUCCUGGAGGUGAACUCGUCCAAGUUCGCGUACAACGUGACCGUCCAGGAGCUGAACUCGCUGGUGGUCAAGGCCAUCCUGUCCGUGCCCGAGCACGGCUGCGACCAACCGCUGCCGCCGCCGGCCUUCCUGGCCAAGCUGCAGUCGGUGCUGGCCACCUUCAUGCCGUUGUUGGCCAACUACAUCAAGAACGAGGAGUCUGAGUGGAGCUGCCUGCGGGCGCUCGAGACGUUUAGCUGCGAGCACGCGGCGAUGGCGGCCUGCUUGGCGAAGGUGCUGAUGGUGCUGUACCAGAAGGACAUCCUGUCCGAGACCACCAUUCUGGCCUGGUACAACGAGUCGCAGGAGCUGACGCCGGAGGCGGUCCGCGUCCGGCAGCAGGUGCGGCGUCUGGUGGAGUGGCUGGAGCAAGCCGACGAGGAAUCAGAGGACGACUCGGGCAGCGACGACGACUGAGCCUGAACAUCGCUUCUGCCAGUGUUAAUCGGUGGUGUUGUUUUUACGAGGUGGAUGGACGUACCAAUAAUACAGUGCCGUGGUGAAGCUAG